CCAGCAGUGACUCACCGGAUGUCAACGCAACUCUUCAGAUAUAAAACGAACGUCGGUGUCUGAGUCGCUUACAGAUCUCGCAGAGAGCAGUGGAAGUACGACAGAAUUUUCCUUCCAGUUUCAUUUGAACAUUACAAUGGCUCCGCCUACACUCUACAUUCACAUGAUGAGCCCUCCAUGUCGAUUUGUUCGUCUGGUAGUGGCCAUCGUUGAGUUGGAGGUGAAUGUAGUGGUCCUGAAGGAGCUUAGCAAGGAAAUGCAGACGCCUGAGAUGCUGGAGAAAUUCCCCCAGCAUCAAGUCCCAGCAUUGGAUGACAACGGCCUGUACAUUUCCGAAAGUCGUGCCAUCGCCAUGUACCUCGUCUCCAAGUAUGCAAAAGAUGACUCUCUCUACCCUAAGGACGUGAGCAAACGUGCUCUCGUUGACCAAAGGCUGUUUUUUGACCAGGAUCUAUACGCCAGAUUUUUGAAAGUAUUCCUGCCAAAAUUUCAUGGCAAAGAAGUAGAAGCCAGUGACAUCGAAAAAGCGAAGGAUGGUCUGGAGACUCUGAACAGAAUGCUGGACGGUAAACAGUGGCUGGCUGGAGACAGCGUCACCCUCGCAGACUACUGUGUUGCCAAUUCUGUAACGUCGCUAGAGUUAAAUCCAGAAUCCGGACUUGAUCCAAACAAAUACUCUAAUAUCAAGCAGUGGCUUAGUCGUCUUGAAAGUUCUAACAGUAAGUAUGCGGAUCAAAUGGAAGCAUUCCGCGCAUUUGUAAAACAAAUCCAGCAGUCAAAGAAGUAAAUGCAUACAGAAUUUGGGAAAGUACAGUUUUGUAGUAAAAUGUUCUAAAAUGUUAAUUUUCUAGCUCAAUAAAACUUUUUCUGUGACUUA